AUGUGUGUUGCGGAUGACGGCCUCCGUCACCGAAAUGCGUGUCUUAUAGGAGACACCUGUUAUUAUGUUUGGUGUGGUCGUCAGCAUUCCAUAGACAAUGUUCGAGAGCAAGAUCAUCUACCUGCUGAACAAGCUGCUCGCACCCUUUGUGGAGGCGGGAAGGUGGUACUGAGUGGACUGACCCUAAAGCCCAGCAUCGUGCAUUACCUAGGACUCCCUUACCACCUCACUUUCGGGCUAAUUGAUCGUGUGGACAUCAGCAUCCACCUGCCGCUCCUCAGCUUGUCAAAGCGCAAGCUGGUGAUAGAAGUGAACAAUGUCGUAUUGCUGCUGACUGCAACACCCGAGAAUCAGUGGGACUCUGAGGCCUUUCGAGAUGAGUACCUUGUGCAGAAGGUGUCCACUCUUGCCGCGGAGUCGCUGGAGCAGGUGGUUACGGAGAUCAAAGGCCGCGGGUUCAUUUGGCGUACGGUGAUAUCGUUAUUGGAAAGCCUGGAGAUUCGCAUCAACAAUGUACACGUGCGUAUCGAAGAUUACACCACUAACCCAAAGGUUGCUUUUGCUUUGGGUUGCGUCGUUAAAUCAGCUGUGUUUUUGACCAGCGCCGACAGCGCAAGCACGCCACGUGAAUCCCAGAGUUUUGAGGCGCCGUUUAGACGGUCGUACUACAACGACAAUGGGUUGAUGAGCCCGGGUGUGAUUCAUCGCCGCAUAGAACUUGAGGGCGUGGGGGUGUACAUCGACCGGUUGGAUCCGCUUCGUCCGGGGAUGAUGCACAGCAGUGACGCCUUGCAACGUGGUUCCGCGAGAAGGGAAAAUCCAAAGGCGCGUUAUCCUCUCAUGACCCACGAUUCCAUCGUUGAUGACGGUGAAGAAGGUACCUUUGUUGAUGCGAUGAGCUACUCAGGAGGCGUAAACGCUGCAUACGGUUCCGGCGGGAGCCACCAUCGCGGGGUGCAUUUCGCACAUGUUGCAUACCGCGACAGGUUGCGGUACAGUACAGGAGGCAGAGGGCAACAGCUCGGAAAGGUCUUUCGCAUAAAGAGGCGUAGAGCUGGUGACCGUGUACGCAGCCGCCUGCUCUUCGCUCGCCACUCCCACGACAGGGUGCACAACGAUAACUUUGGUCACCAACGACCGCUUAGGGUUCUGACAUCGAACAACUCGGUGUUCAGUUCUGCAGUGUCCAGAGUGAUGAGCUACCUUUCGACGGGCGAGCACAGCGCAGAGUGCGACGAGGUAUCUCGGAACGGUUGGCAGCGCAUCCCGGGAAGGAAUUUGCGUAGAUCUCAGCGCCGGUACGUAAACACAUUGACGCACAAUGGCAGCGGAAAUCUAAAGGCCACGGCCCACGAUAGCAGGCCAGCAGUGAAGAGAGACCCACGCGUUAGUCAGCGCAUUAUUCGUCGUUUGGCUAAUCAAGAAGCUUCAUCGCCCUCCGAGGACCAUAAAUCGUCGAAAAUUGCUGCCUGCUUCGGUUAUGGACCGAAUGCGUCAGGAUCAUCGGAACAUGGUCAUGGUCGGUCAGACCGUCGCAGUACACUGCGCCGCCUUCUAUGCUGUGACACUUCCCCCAAUGCCAACACCUCGUCCAUUGACCUGGAUGCUCCAUAUAUGAGUCCUGUGGGCUACAACCUGUCAUCUGGUUCGACAUGGCGCAUACUUCUAAGCACAUUUUGCGACAUUAAGCACCCGACGGAAGAGCAUCAUCACGAGUCGUUCGACAUGAUCCGCGAGUCGCAGAAAAGAUAUGCUAGGCGCCACGUCGGUCACAACUCAGAGUCACCGGCGAAGGAAUACGCUGAGCACGUGUCUACUCCCAGUAGUGCCAGCGCCAAAAGGUCUGAUUCCUUGGGAUCGGCUACAAGAAGUGUUGCGGCUUCGGAAGAUGCGGUGUCGGAGACCACAGGUGACGAUGCCGGAUCAGAGUGUUCAUCGUCGUCUUCGAGGGGCGCUCUCGGUUGCUUUACAAACUGCGGCGAAGCUUCUUGCGCGAUUUCGGACGGCGACUCGGACGUUUUCGACGCUGGGGCGUAUAACGCCGAAAAGGCCGCACCGCUCUCGUACGACGAGACGUGGCACACCCUUAACUCUGUUGGCGCAUCUGCAGUCCAAGGUGCUUAUCAACAGCCUGCUGAAAAUUCCAAUGACGACGAUGCUUGCAUGGAACCUGCCGAAUCGCCGCAGAGUGAUGAUGAUGACGGUGCUGCGUCCGAAGCGUGGACGAGAUAUACAUUCGUGAUAAGCCGUGAUGAAGACCCUUCUUUGAAGGAGUUUUUCCUGCGGUCUUUGGAGGAAACUGCUCACAAUUACAUUGUGAACCCUAAGGAGUGCAACGGUUGUCUAUCCUUUUACUUUUGCCUCUACCCUACGCCUCCCUUUGUUGCUCCACGCACGUGUUGGUCGGCAUGGGGCACGGAACAUUACUUCAAGCUGUACAAGGAGACCAUGGCGCUGGCCAAGAACUACCUGCCUCGGUGUUCAGUUUUCUUGCAGCUGGAGGAUCUGAACAUCACGAUUUCGAAGGAUCAAGUUGACUGUCUGAUCAAUCUGAUAUUCGAAAGCAUCAUGAAGUAUUUAACUUGGCAGUCCGGGAUCGUUUACACGUUCGAAAAUCCGCGGGCAUCCCCAAGUGACGAGAUUCUGUACAUGGAGUAUUGGCCGCAGUAUCUGUUGCUAGACCAGAACAGCAAGAACAACGAACUGAAGGAGUUCAUCAUGGACUUCGAGAUCCUGCACUCCAUGCAGGCCAUCCGCAUCCUGCGUAGCAGGGCUUCUGAAGGUCUCCGCAAUUUGAUUCGCAGUUUCGGGGAACGCCAUGGCUGCAGCUGUGACGUUAGCGAAUGUCUCACCGACGUUUUACUCGUCAACAUUUGUAACCAGUACGACCGCGAAGCCGACGGGGACGAGGCCGACAUAGAUGACUGCUCGCGGUUGCAAGCGCGAUUGAAGAUCGUUGGUGGUAUAUACGAGAUCGCGUCUAAGCAUGCGAAGUCGCAUAUAUUCUUGGAAUCGCUGCGCAAGAUAUGCCAGCCUGCGAUGUCAACGUUUGAUGUGGUUAUCGAUGUCGUCCUGACGAAUACUCGGGUAGUGUUCACGUAUGAUGUGGAGCCUUGCGAUGACUCCAGUUCCAGCGCCAAAGCGUAUGUCUUGUCAGCUCGUGGUGCGCACGUGUUCAUUGCCGACGUUUACGGCCGUGACGGUUGCCAGGUGAUUGAGGCGGAAUUUCUACCUUUCAGCAUACUGAGCUUCCCGUUUAGCUUGCCUAAUGGUGAUGCCGAGUCGCAAUCGCGUAAAGGCUGCCCGUGCCGUUACCUGGACGGGCCCGCCACCGUACUCUUCUCGUGUGGCGAGGAACUCCCGGCUCCCGAAGCGCCGCCAGAGGUUGAACCUGAACUUACGGGCGUGGCAGGUGGCCUGGAAAAACUGAAGGCUUUGCAGCGUGAUUUUGGUUUGGGGGCUUUGCGGCGUUCCAACUCUGCCGAUGCCGUGAUUUGCGAUUCGAACUUGUACCUGGGGUUAAGCUUGAAUCGCUAUUGCAAACCAAGUGACGCAGACACGAGGGUGCUUCUGCAUGUAAAUAGCGAUUUGUUUGGACAUGUUCGGUUGCUGGAUGAGUACAUGGAUUGCUUGCGUAUGAUGAGGCGCAAUAAAAGCCUGCAUGACACCCUUAACCCUGUUUUAGUGGGUGCAGAGAAGAAACAUCAUCACCUCUCUCACGAUAGUUCUGGUUACUAUGAUGUGCUGUAUAAGUUGAUAGACCUGGGGAUUGAGUAUUCGAAGAACCUCUUACAGGGCACAAUGCCGUUUCCGAACGUGGACUUCUUCAUCGAGCAGAACCAUCAAUGCGUUUUCGUUGUGGACAUAGGAUCAUCUGGCAAUCGGGCGCCGUACUUUGUAUGUUUGGAAUCCUUCGCCAUGGCGAGCGCUAUUACGCCGCGGCUGUUAGAACCGCACGAUGAUGAUUCUCCGUUCGAUUCCCAUAUCGCCAGAAUGUCCAAUUUGCGCGUUUUGUGCGUAAAUGGCGACUACAGCUUCCUGUCAGACGGCGGCUCUAGGCAGAUGUAUAUGGGUACAGGGGCAGGUGUGAAGUUAUCGGAUUACCUGAACAGGGUAGCGUGUGCUAAGUCGGCUAAAGUACGUGACGACCCUGUGAUUUCGCUGUCAAUGUCAACGUUCCAGAGCAACUUUGAGCUUAUUCGCAUUGGAUGCGAGAACGAGAUAUUCGUGAAGUGGAAGUGCUCUAAUUCGGGUUCUUUGAAUCGUGGAACUGCGAAGAUUGUGAUUACAUCCGAUCUGGGUUCUGUGCACGUCUCACUCCGCGAAUGCGAUCUGCUGGCUUUUAUUGACGCAUACGCCGAUUAUGUAGCGCUGUGCAACGAUUGCAAAGAGGUCCUGUACCCUAGCAAAGGUAGGGGCCAUUCGCGCACCAAGGCUUCGCAUGAGAAACCCAAUGCCGCUACAAAUGAUCCCCAAGACGGUUCUCCUCGUCCAACUGACCACAACUACGAAUACGUGUUGAGUAACAGCCAUGAUUCCUUAUUCCGUUCGAUAGUGUCGCAAAAAUGGAAUGAGCUGCAGCAGGUCAUUGCCCAUCGCGUCCUCGAGACAUCUCGUAUGGUGCAGUUCGAGGUGAAAUUAGAUUACUUGUUCUUCGAAUUACGUCGUCUUGUGCGCCUGGACGACGGUACCAUCAACGUCUUGAAGUCGCCAGGGUCCAAUUCUGGAACAAGCGAUUUCACUACAGCGACUACCAGCCCUAUUCGCAGGACGCCUUCCCAUUCUGUGCUGCGAAUACCGACUGCAAGACCAUCUAACUAUGCUAGGCAGGAGCGCAAUAGCGUCGGUGAAAUGGUAAUAAUCCCGACAGAACAAGCAAGUACCUACAUGUCCAAGGGAUUUUCCGCAGGUUUUGAUCACCCGUAUAUUCUGAAGGGGUUUGAUGGGAUGUCACCUGAUUCCAGUCCCAAGAGCGCAAUAUCGCGCCAUGCAGCACUGUCAUGUAUGCAAUCUGCGCUCAACCGCUUCGGUGUGACGUUACCGCUACUAAGUUGCAAGUUAACUGGGUUGGGUGUGAAGGCCAGGUGCUCGUCGGGCGUAGUGGACUGCCUGCGUGCGUUUGUCGGCUGUGUCGAGGUCGAGGACCAAACUAACUCGGUUCCACUGUAUCUGUCGACGCUGUUUGCUGCCGGGGAUACGACGCUAUUCUGGAGGUGGCUAAAAGUCCGCCGCGAAAUCCACAAGGUGCGGUCUGCGAUGGAAUCCUACAGUGACGACUUGAACGCCUCCAUGCGACAUUUGUUACUUCGGAGCAAUCGCGGCGCGUCUUGUAGCAGGACUGAACGUGACGAUCCCGUCCUGCGCAAAAAGCUGCGCCACAUUGAUUACCAGAGCAUCGACUUCCGCCACCUUCUAUCCCACGAAUAUGACGAGCCCCAAUUCUUUCAGCUGAGGGAACGCAAUAGUCUGAUUUGUAGAGCGUAUAGGCGGGUGGAACAAUACCUAGCGUCUAUAAUGGAUUGCACUCGUACGAUCGACAAGGACGUAUUGAGAUCGGAGGCCGGGUACAACGUGCGUUUACCUUGCUUCAUGAUGGCGUCCAUAGAUUAUGAUGAUUGCGGCCGGGGGAAAUGUAAGGUCGACAUCUCUAACACCAUGGUCAAUGUUGCUUGGGAGGUUGUUGACGAGUUGAUGGAUUUCUGUAUGAGAAUUGCGAAGAAGAUGGCUAAUAUUCCGCAGUCUUCCGCUCCUGCGGCGGAAUCCAGCCCUGCUAGCAUGAGCCUCGACACCAAGGUGACUGUUGAACAGUCCAACUUGAAUGUGCUCUGUGAUUCAGCGUGGGUCGGGUACAAGAACUUCGUUAACUUCUUGUGGUACAAGGUCUUGCGCGAUUCGUUCAAUUCGGGUGACCCAGGCAGUGGUUCUUGCUCGCGUAGAUGUUCAAUAGCUGAUGUAAGCGAGCAUCGUAGCCAUAUAUACCUUGGCAUGAACGAGCACAUCCUUCAGCAACGCGGAAUAUACCCGCACAGUUUGGGGCAAGGCACGAAUGCGUCCAUAAGCAGCGACGCAUUUGCGUCUCACGUCAAGCCACUCUCAUUCGAGAAGAGGCGGGAACACCAUUUCAGGUUGAUUCCAAAGGAGCAGCUGUUUGCCCCAAUGAAACGUCUAACCGGGGCAUCUAACAGCAGCGCCAAUACGGUGAGGAGAUGGACUUUUGUUCACCGCCUUUUGCACGAGGUACACCGCAACGCAAUCCUGUCCACGCCGAUUUACAUGCGGUUUUCCGGGCGCGGCCAACUCUACCUCAGCUUGAGUUGCGGAUCACCUGAACCCGCCGAAUUGAAGGAGAGUCCGUCGAUGUCAACGGUAACAGGGUUUGAGCGCGGUUUUACGGAUACUACCAAGGGAGUCUCUAACGGGUACCCCACGUUGACCGUAUUUAUGCGUGCAUCUGGCAGCAACAUUUUCGGGUUGUUCUCUCGGCACUUUACUUACCGAGUGUUAACCCCGUGUGGUUACGCUAUGACCGCCUUGCGGAAACGCGCGCCUGCUAGCGAAGAAUUCUACCGUCAACAGAUUGAUUUCCUCAAGUAUAUACGGCAGCACCGCCAACGCGACUCCAAGUUUUUCGAGUUGCUUGCGUUGUCCAAACAGACCUUGUAUGACUUCAACGAAUGCGUUGAUUCGAGGUUUAUCGAUCCGUGCCGUUUGGAAAUCUCCGGAGGUGUAUUACUCCGCCCGGACUCGAACGUUAUUGGACGCCAGGAGUUCCCCCAGAGCGUCUGCAUGACGGUGGUGUUUGAGACAGUGAGAUGUUCCCUCUCUUCUGUCGACAUUCUGUCUUUCUGCAGCUUGUCUGGAUUGGCUUCUUCCUGCUUGGCCUUGCACACGUCCGAUAACACGGCACCUAGCACCGCUGUUGCUGCUGAGCCGAUACGGUCAUCGCCUACGCAGGUGGUCGCAGUUCCUGAAAAUGUUAGCAACGUCAAAGAGCCUGCAGAAGACAGCAGUACCGGCGCGGAUGAAUUCCAUUCAUGCGCCACGACGACAUCGGGAAGCGAUUGGGUAAGCGUUAAGUCCAACACAAACUCGGGCAACUACGUGGAUAUUCGCGACUCUGUAGAACGCAAGAACUCUGGUCUGAAGAAGUCCGGCAGCCGGUCAUCUCAAGCUUCGAACAUCGGUUUCCUGGAGCGGCUUUUGUCCAGCUUUAGCGUGGGUGUGAAGGUAGCCUUCAAUCUCGUUUACGUUGAGGUAUCGAGCAACUACGUCAACGAGGUGCGGAACAUAUUCACCGCUUCCUUGGAGGAUUUCGAAUUCCUUUUGUGGUCUAAUCGCGAACCAAAGCGGUCUGGUUUGUCAUUUGCUCCUUCACUCGGAUCGGCAUCGAAUAUUGGAGUACCCGACGGGAACGAUUGGGUGAAUGCUCAUUUCAAUGAGUCAAUAAGUUUGUCCGAGGUGUAUUCUUCGAACAUAGACGAUCAGAUAUCACUUUGCUUUGGCGCAAUCGAGCACAUCUUAUCGCACAAACUUUCGUCGGAAGAAUUGCACCCGCAGCCAGAACGCUCCAAUCCCUCGCGUCUGGGAUUCGGCGUCAUUGAUGAUCCCAUAUCGCAACUGUCCCCCUCCUCUGACCCUACACGGCCACUACUAAGGUUCGAAUCGCAUUUUUGCGUAACGCUUGACAUCUGCAAGACUUCUAGGCGUGAGAUGGUUAUGGAGCCCGUGGUCGUGCGUUUCCGGGGCAGCAAAGCCUCGAUGUCCUCGAAAACGAUCGCCAGCCUAAGUACGUCGUGGAUAAACCUAAACAUUUCGCUCGUCGGGGCAGAGUGCGUUUUCGGGUUCAUGAGAUACAUCUCCGAAAUGGCUCGCCUCCGAAUUGCGCUUGUCGAGCAGCAACAGGACGACUACCAUGCAUUCCAACCGCCGGUUGCGUGCAGGUCGGAUAGCAAUAUUAUGACUACAAUGAUGCCGAUAUCGAUGCUUAAGAAUGCGUCACAACUCAAUUCAUCCACGGAUUCUCAUGCGACUCUGGGGUUGACAAAUCCCUCGCUACCCAUAUGGGAGAUAUCCUCUGCAAUUGCAUUUAGGAUGGACAAUAACCUGUUUAGGUGCUCGAAGAUGUUGGAUUUGCACGAAUGUUUGCUUGCGGCUGUUCGACGGGUGAGUUCACUAAAACUGGAAGGCGAUGCCGCAUGUACAUCCCCCUUGGCCAGCCAGGGACUCGUUCCCUCUCACGAUAUGGCUGGGCACGAUGGCAGCUCGCGGAGGGAGAUUACCCGUGAUCAGCAGUCAUACCUCAUAAACUCAUUGGGUCAGCCGAUCGCAGUUUGUCUAUAUGUAGAUUCGUCAUUUGAGGGUUCUGAGGAUUGCACAUGGAGGAUCGUUGAAGACGGUGACAGUUGUAUUCUGCCGGUCGGUCACUACGGCAUCAUCCUCCCGUUCGUGGUGCGUAUUCAGCUCAACAACUGCAUAUACGAAAUACCGUCGUCGAUGUUGAAUCUGACCCAAGAGGAUGAGUUGAUGCUCCGUCUGGACGUGUCACGCAAAUAUUUGAGAGGUCGUCAUCUGAACCGCAUGGCAUUCUUGCGUACCAUGCGUCCUGAUAGGUCUAACACGCAGAUGUAUCGGUUCGGCGUUAGCACGGGUUGCACGCGCUUUUUGGUGAGCGAUUUCGCGUCGACGACGAAGCACCUGGGACGUCUUCCGAGCCGUCACGUCACUGGUGGCUGGGGGCAGCGUGUGUUGAAACGUAUCAAGGACAUGCGUAAAGUUCCUGGCGUCCCGCUGCAUCUGUUUGAACAUGAAGAGUUCAAAUACGCGUAUGUUAUGGUAAAAACGCAGCAGAGUGCAGGUGGUCUCUCAAGAUCUAAGGCAUCUGCAGCAGGCAAUUUCAGCCUGCAGUUCUCGUCGACGCUGUGGAUCAGCAACCAGUCGCACGAAAACCUAGUGGUGUUCCCUUCGGUGAGCAUGGACGCUGCGAACCGCGUGGUGCCGAGUUCCUCCCUAGUUUGGCUCGCACUCAAGCCUCCAGCCACUACUACACUACCGCUCGCAAAGAAGACCAUAGAGAGCAACAAGAUGAUGGCGGUAGUGAAAGCCGUGGGCAACAACCUUUUCAAGCAACUGGCACACAUUCAGGACUCGAAGCAAGCCAUCAAGCGCAUUGCGCCUGCCCAUGUGUUGCGGCCGCUUAAUACCAACGAUGAUCCCGCGAACAGCCUUCAGGACUUUAGACUGCAGCACAUACUUAUGCGAGUAUAUUCCUACACGCAGCAACGUGUGAGCAUUCCCCUAUCAUGGACGAUAGAGCCCUCUUGUACCAUCUGCGUCUGCCUGCAGGAUGAUUUCCCGCUGGAUGUCGGUGGAGGCGAGUAUGCCGUACAGGUCAAUCGUGCGGAACAUUCAUCCUUCGAGUACCCAGAGGAUAUGCCCCCGCACUUCAAAGGUGACGUGCUGCUCUCCAGCACAUCAGUGCAACAUUUGUACGACUCAUUUGAAUUACCGCGCAUAAAGACGCCGAUACCGGGCUACACGUCAAGUGUCCAUCUGGGUAACGUCGGACCUGAUGAUAUCCUGGCAACCGGGCUCAAUACAGGUUUUGUGCAAGAUCUUACUGUAUCGUUAAAAGGCCGCGAUACCAUGCGCACCAAAUCCAUCACGCGCAGUGCCACUGCGAUAGUGGGAUCGGCAACUGCAAACAAAACGGGAAGCCGAGUUAGUGCAGAGGAUCUCUUGGCUAAUGCAACGUCUUCCGAUUCGUCAGCGCGUCUGGAUAGCAAUCCUGGAUCAUCACGGAACCCUUCCCCGUCGAAGCUCUUAUCUGAGCAUGUGAACCGUCAUGGCAGCAUUAGUUCGGAUACAACCCCGGAUGAUGCUGUGGGUGUAGAAGGUGCUGUGAUGAAAGCGCCAGAUGUAAGAGUGGACUCAUCGAGAACGGUUUCGGAGAGGUCAAACAGGAUCACGUUCUCGGAUGGAUAUAACCGUCGUUCUGCGUAUGCAGUAACUUCGAAAACUUUCGCGCAACUUGCGGUGUAUUCCGACGGGAACAGUGGUAGUCCAUCUAACGGCAUGCUGCUGCGACGUCGGUCUCGUGUUGAACACAUAUCGUCGCUGCGUAGCCAUAAGAUACGGAGCGCCUCGGCAGACCAGAGGCCCAUGUUCGAGGUUCCGGAUGAUACUGAUCUGCCGCCCAAAGCAAUUCUUUCUGCGACUCUAAUAGAGGUCACGUCGUCAAUGAGGUCAGGUUUUGGUACAACUGUUGGGCGUUCGGGUAUACGACAUUAUGAAAUUUCGCUGGAGAGUUGCCAAGUGGUGGAGAACAUGAUGCCCUUCGAUGUCUAUAUCCUGAGCCCGGUGACUUACGAAUACCUGAAGGCUGCAAACCCCUCUGAAAGCGAUGUCGCUGCUGGCGUGCCGUUUUAUCCAGUGCCAAUAAAGGCUAGCGGCAGUUCACAGUUUUCGUGGUACAUUAAGAAUGGGCGUUUUGUGCUGCGGGAGCUCUUGAGUCGCGAAUUCAAUUUGAAGAUUCCAACGGAAGCUGUAUCUGUUUCGAGGUUGAUGUUUGAGGCCAUGCAACCCAAAUUUGCCGAUGCGUUCGAAGCUCUUCAUGACACAGCUGAGACGGAAGAUUCCGCUUCGACGGUGACACCCACGCCGUGCCCCCUGGCUCGACGGCUUGUGGUGUCCAUUGAGGUCAGCAAGAAGCCUCUCGAGCCAGUCGACGAACGCGGUGGAUUGGUGAAGCGUUAUUUGGCAAGCUCGCAGUUGGUGUGCACCAUAUUUGCCGACAAGUGGAUUGUGAAUUGGUUGGAAUACCCGAUAUCGUUGUGCCGCGGGGACGGCAGGUAUAAGCAGACCAUAGCUGCACAGAACUGCACUUUGGUGAGCCAAGAGCUUUCUUCAACCAGCCUCCAGCUGGCGGUCCGGAAAAACACGCUGAAAAAUAUAUCCAAUUUCGAGAACUAUCCGAUGCGUUCGAAACGCCGGCUGUUUAGUUUGGACCGAUCUAGCGAGACGCAUGUAGUGUCGAGCAGCUUCAGUUUGCCGGACUUGGCUUACUCCACCUGCGAUUUCCCUGACACGCUGGAGUGCCCCAAGCUGCAUUACCUCAUCUCCACUUCGAUGGCCCCUGCCCCGUUCUACCGGACGAGCGUUCUCGAGAUUCUGCCGCAGACAACUGUGACGAAUGAAUUCGACCACGCAUUGUGGCUCCGUGAGCCGGAUGCGCCUGUUAUCGGCGGAUCCAUUGACCAGAAUCGGUCUACCGGUUACUACCUCGUAGAGCCGGGGGAGACCGUGGAAUUCCACUCACAGGUCAAGGGAGAGCUGAUUCUGGAAAUCACUGGUGUGGACCCGCAGAGCAUAUUCCGAUCGUCAAGAUCAUCAAAUGCUCCGGAUGCUUCCUCACCGUUCACCAUUUGGUCGUCGGGUAUAUCACUGAAGCCUUCAACCGUUGUUCAGCUGCGCUUCCCAGCGUCGUUGCAUCAGCCUAAGAAGCUGCCUGGGCGUCAAAAUGCUUCCACCGCUGGUCAGCCUGUUCCGCAGGAGGAUGCGCAGCGUGUUGCAGCGUCGCAAUUUGUCGUGCCGCGACCACUGCGCUAUGGUCUCUGUGAAGUUGAGAUAAGGAUGCACCGUGGCGCGAAGAUGGUGCGCUUCAUGAAGCCUGCAGUGGCCGAGUGGGUAUUGCUGAAUACAACUGGUGUCGACCUCUGGGUUCAACAGCUGGGAGCGCCAGGCUACGGAGAGGUGCUCCCUGCUGUCGGUUUGGCAACUGACGCAUUGACUGAGCGCUACGCCGGGCUGGGUGUCCCGUUUGCAUGUUAUGACCCUUUCAAGGAGCAUACGUUGUUAUGCAGGUUCCACCUGAAUAUGCGUGCUUUCAGGAUGCUGGUGGGACAACACGCCAAGGGUAACCGCCGCAAAAACGACCCCUCCGUGGGCAACGUGCGUGCGGAUAACUCCGAAGGCUUACUGGGUGUUCUACCGCUUAGGCAUGUGCUUAAUAGACGCGCCGGCCGCGUCGCACGUGUAAGGGGUGCAUUGAGGGUGAACCUCAGCCGUGUCGAGUCCAUGCGAUGCAGUGCGGUGUUCCAUCUUAGAUACGGUAACACUAUCGUAUCUAUGCGCCUGAUAGCACAAACAUGCGUCGCUUUCGGCCAGAAGACUCUGCACUUCACCGCCAUGCGCAUCCCCACCCGUGGGUUGUCCAGGUUCCAAAGGAUCAGGCCCUUGCAAUUCCUCCACCUGUACUCCGUGCUGAGAGACAAGCUGACGGUACCUCAUGACCUGCGUUACAACAGGAGUGGCACUCUCCGCCUGCUCAGCCGUACAGGCGGCGCUAUUCGCAAGCUGUUACCCGGUGCGCUGUGUGGUGAUGGGCAAUUAUCCCUGUUAUCGUUCAACACUUCCAGGUUCAUGCGGCGUGUGCGGGCUUGCUUUACUGCCAAGUCCGAACGCGAAGCUGUAUCUGAGACCGUGGUAACACCGACAACACGAACCCGGACGCAGCGUGCUGGUACCUUCAACUGGGAGUAUGUGCUCCAGAUGAAUAUUUUGGGGCUUGGUACUGCGAUUUGUGGCGGGAUUGCGGAGGAGCUUUUGUACAUAUCGAGCACCUUGAUCAAGCUGCAGGUCAUGCUAGACAACGACGAGCAUAUGUUCUCUCUUUCUGUGGCUUGGAUGCAAUCCGACGUGCAUGAUUCGUCUACGUGUUACCCAACGAUGUUCCGUCCGUUGGCCACGUGGCAUUCUCCCGCACAUGCUAACGAGAUGAAGCGCAGGGCCCGUAGCCGAGAGCAUCUGGGGACAGGACAUGAAGCCGGCGACGAACGCCAACAGACAGAACCGCACGUCAUUACCAUCAAGUUUAAUACGCGCGGAAACCACUACCUCAGCGUCCGCGAGAUCACCAACUGCAGCAUCGAACUCGAGCCUUUGAGUUUGAACCUGGACACUCGGGUCGGUCAGGCGCUCCUGAUGUUGGUGGAUGAGUAUAUAUCCGUGUUUGGAUUUUCUGGCGCGACGUCGGACUACUUCGCAACUGCCAACGUGGGCAUCUUCUCGAACGUGGAUAGUUGGCUGCGCGGAUUUGAUGUGGUAAGCUACCCACUGCGGGAGGUCGCCCGCAGUCAAUUCAGCACGAGCCUGAGCUCGGGUACGCGCUAUAACAUUUCGAACCUGCACGUGGGCCGUGUUACGCUGGCCAUCAAUGUACGCAGGUCGGGAUCUCGUGUCUCUUCGGAUAUGCAGGCCCAAAACGUGAUAAUACGUUACCUGAUGCACAUCGUCCGCCGCAUGCCGCACAUCAGCGACGCGAGCAUCAUCCUGGCGCAAGAAUCAUUUAUGGAGCUAUGCUGUACGCCUUAUGCGCUGAUGUCUCACUUUGUAAUGCGCUACAUCACCCAGAGCGUGCAGCAGAUCUACAAGGUGCUUGGAGCUGUUGAUCUUAUUGGCAACCCGAAGAUAGUUGUGCAUCACUGGAUGAACGGAUGUUAUCAAGCCAUGUCUAUCGUGCGAGAAUCAGUGGAUUAUCUGCACCUACCUCCAGUGGUCGUUUUCCUCUGGUGCCGUUCGGUGUCACGGAUGGGUAUGGCGGUGGUAUCGGGCAUGGCGGACGCAGUGUACCGUUUGACAGGUAGUUGGUACCUGCUGUUCAACAGGCUGUCGUGCAACGCCGACCGAUACGCUGUGAUACUAAUGCAGGAGGCGUUCAGCAAAAGUCUGGACCAACCUAGCAACGUCAUGGAGGGUAUCGCGUUUGGUGGUCGUUCUGUAGGCCGCAACCUUUACGUGAGCGUCGGUAACUUCGCCCUCAAACCGCUGCACCAGCUUUUGAGGUGCAUGUCCGCCAUCAAAACGGCAAAGGGUAUUAAUGGGGACGUGUUGAUGGCAUUUUUGCACAUCUUCGGUUCUAUGAUCUCGUCCAUGGCAAGUUUGAUCUUCGGAACGUUCUCGAGUCUUCUUAGCGGUAUAUCGGUGGUUUCUCAGGGUUUGCUGCACCAAAUCCAUUCGGCACCGAUGUUGUCCGCCAUCCGUCCGCAACGUUCUCACAACUACCUGAAGACUUCGGGGCCUUUGCGAUACAACUUCUUGGAAUCAUGGUCCAUGUGCGCCUCGGGACAGGCGCCAAACGUCAAGGAGCUGCUCCUGCUGCUGCCGUUGGACGGCAAGCUGAAGCUGUUUGACCCUAUGUACACGGCGACGUCACACUGGUCUGCCUUGUCGGCACAUAUGGCGCUGAUAAGUCCCAUUACGGUUUGCACGCCGGCAUCGGCACUGCAGACUUUCUUCUGGAUAAACCGUACCCAUGUUGGGUUGCUACAUCGACGCAAAAUGUUGUGGAAAUGCGAGAGCAAGUCCAUUUGCAGCAUCGAGAUCUUCCGAGUGCCUGCCACAUGCUACCAAAAGCCCGAAGGGGUGCGCUACGAAGACUCCGUCGCGACCAUCAUCACCGCUAAGGUCGCCCGCAAGUUCUUCAGCGCGCAGGAUACCUUCUACCUUCGUGUAGUACACGUUUCCUCCGAGUCUUCCCCAUCCAUUCGCAGGGGACCGGCAGCGGUACCUCCCCCGUUGUUGCAACGCUUGCAGCAGGAGGCCACGUUCCCGUCCGAUGAUUGCGGCCCUUCGCGCCUUAAUGGGUUGCAUUUGGGUCGCACGAGAGCAGGUGGAUGCGGCGGUGAUAAUCCUUCUGCUCCUAUGAGCCGGUCAGACUCUGGAAAGAGCCAGACGAGGAUGACGUCAGCUCAGCGACUCUACCAGGAAUCAGUAGAAUCCGGGAGCUCCGAGUUCGCUGGUAUCACCAUUGACAAGUACGAGCGUCGGAUGGAUGAUUUGCCUCUACUCAAGAGCAGCGCAGAGUUAGAGCGCCUAUCGUCGCAGUCCAGCAGCGGUCGUAACCGAAUGGACGAAGCAGACGGCGCAAACGGUUCUUGGUACGAGACCGGGCUCAACACGGAGCCAAACUCGGGCUGCAAUUCCUAUGAGCGUGUCGCAAGGCGCUCUUCUGCCCGCCGCGCGACCCUCGCAAGCACAACAAGGAUGGCCAAGGUGACCUAUUUAAGUGGGUCUAGAGCCUCCCAUGCUUCGGCACGGGUGUCCUCGAUGCGGAUUCGAUCUGAUUAG